AUGGUCUGCCUGUCGGGUGUAGUAAUUCCUGUCUUUCUUGACACAGACACGGAUUCCGCCCACCUCCUUCGUCAAUGGGUUCGCGUCUACCAUUACGGCCAUAUCUACAUGCCAGCUUUGUGCGUCGGCACAUUUGGUCUCUAUCAGUAUACCGCGCUACAGAACUAUCGCAAUAAUGGGAAUUGGCUACUUUACGCCGUGGCUGGGGUAACAACGAUCGCUAUGGUGCCGUUCACGUGGGUUUUCAUGGCGCCCACAAACAAUGUUCUUUUUGGGUUGGAUAAAUCGGCAACAGAAUCAAUGGCAGUGGAAACCCUGAUUUCCGUGCAGGACAUUAUUGUGAAAUGGUCAUGGUUGCAUAUCGUCCGCUCCCUUUUUCCGCUUGUCGGUGUCCUGCUUGGCUUUCGAGGGAUUUUGCGGGAGCUCGGUCUAUAA